AUGAGUCGACUAUCAUUAUCAGCAUCCGACGUCCUGCUCUAUGUCCUCGCCCUCUUCCUCCCUCCGCUAGCGGUAUUCCUCAAGGAGGGCUUCGGAGGGGAUUUCAUCAUCAACAUCCUGCUGUGCCUGCUGUGGUGGCUGCCGGGGAUCAUCCAUGCCUGGUGGGUGCUUUACAGAUACGACAAGUCGCAGGCGGAGGAGGAGACGUACAUCCUCAAGCAAACGACGUGA